GCGACAGCGGCAGGAUAUGAAAACAAGCAAAACAAAAAAAAAAAUUCCUUCUGCUGUGAUCUAAGAAACCUUUAAACGCAGCGUGUUCGAAGACAAACUUAAUUUCCAUUGCACUCACGACCCGCACGCCCACCACUAACGGUCUCACCAUUGCGCCCAUCUGGAUUAUGGGCAUAUCCGAGGAAGUCAAGCUGGACGACCUACCGCAAGAAGCCAAAUUAGCACAUCAGGAUGCCAUGCCUGAUCGUUCUUCGGCCUCCUGCAUUGUAACUACCGGUGCUAGUGGCGGCACGAAUAGUCCCAUUUCGGAUGCGAAUAGCGAUGGUGAACUAGAUGAUUAUGCACCGAAACGUAAGCAGCGUCGCUAUCGCACUACAUUUACCAGCUUUCAAUUGGAGGAGUUGGAGAAGGCGUUUUCACGAACGCACUACCCGGAUGUCUUUACGAGGGAGGAAUUAGCCAUGAAAAUUGGUCUAACUGAGGCGCGAAUACAGGUUUGGUUCCAGAAUCGUCGCGCCAAGUGGCGUAAACAGGAGAAGGUGGGUCCGCAAUCACAUCCAUACAACCCAUAUCUGCCCAGUGGGCCGGGCGCCAUGCAAGCCGUUGUCGGUCCGACAUUGCCGCCAAAUCCAUUCACACACCUGGGCUUCAAUUUGCGCAAACCAUUCGAUGGUCCGGCCAAUUUUGCCGCCUUUCGCUAUCCGCACCUGUCGGCGGCACCAAUGUUGCCAUCUGGAUUUUACAAUCAAUUUCAAAGAGCACCACCCCACCUCCUACCCAGCAUGGCGAGCAUGUACUCGCCCACCACCUCCUUCCAAACGCUGCUGGCCAACAUGACCGCUGUGCCACGCCAUCCGCCGGUAUCGGCACAACUUAGCGUCGCCGCCGCCAAGCCACCUAUGCUCAUUUCAUCACCAGAGCUGCAUUCACCCAAUCACCUCAUGUCUUCGCCACCAAUUUCGCCGACUUCCAUGACAAUGCAGUCGAUGGCACCGCCGCCGCAACUACAACCGCCGCCACCCCCAGAGGCACACUCACAUGGGCCACCACCACCACCACAACAGCAGCCACAAUCGGCGCCCGUGAUCACAAUGCCGAUCAGCAUGCAUCAGGCUGGGCAACAGCCGCCGCCGCCGCCAUCAGCACCCACAAGUCACUCGCACUCGCACUCGCCGCUCCAGCUGGCGCAUUCGCCGCAACAUCAGCAGGCGUCGUCGUCAUCGGUGUCGGGGCCACGUACGGCCACACCGCCGGAAGAUCGUCGCACUUCGUCGAUUGCGGCAUUGCGGUUGAAGGCGCGCGAGCAUGAGCUCAAGUUGGAGCUGCUGCGUCAGAAUGGACAUGGCGAUGUGCUGAGCUAGUUGAUGCUGCAGUUGCUGUUUGCGGAGAGCUUUCGUUGGGAAUGCGCGUGGAAAGAAAAAGCAGAGAAAGUUAACAUAUCAUGAAAGGCAGCAAAAGAAAAGAACUGAGGAGAUGUAUUUGUUACUUAAAACCAGUGCAAAUUCUAAGCGAUUUCCAGUGUAACGGAAUGAAAAUGUAUUAAUAAAAAAAAAUUUAGUUUUUAGUAUUUUACGAGUUUUAGGGUUGCAAGGAUUCAGUUGACCACUUUGAUGUAUGUAGAAUAAAAAAAAAAUAAAUUAUUUCCGUUAAAUGUUAUAGAAUACAUAAAACCAGUGCGCUCAAUGAUUCCAUUCUAAGUUGUAUGUACUAAGUAUAUAAAAAAUAUCUGAAUAUUCCAUUAGGAUUCUACUAAAUUUAUUUAGCCUUUUAAAAUUGAAUUUUAUUG